AACCGCGGACAGCACCAGAGCUUUCAACGGAAAGGAACUCUCUCAUUGUCAGCUCCAGUAGAUUUCUAAUUGGAGAACCAUUAUUCAAGGCGAAAAGCUCUCCGCAAACAUGAUGCGGCGCUUAUUUAUUUUAAUUUUGCACAUCAUUUUGGUUGGAUUAGUUUCCAGUGCUGAAAAUGAGUGUCCACGUGGAAAGUUUGGCGUCAACUGCAACACCUCUUGUCCGUGCGUCCACGGGAAUUGCGAACGAAAGAAUGGAGCGUGCAAUUGCGACAAAGGUUGGUUUGGUGUUCAUUGCCAGCGUCCUAGAGAAUACGAGCUUUGCCCUUUUCGCUGCGGCUCACAUGGUAAUUGCGAUGUUUUAAAUCGUCGCUGCAUUUGUGAGCCUGGAUUCCAAGGCGACGCCUGUGACCAAAUUUGCCCCAAAGGUCGCUACGGGAUCAAUUGUGAAUAUUAUUGCAGCAAUAUCUGCCAAAUUAAUAUACCGUACACCCGUAAAAGUGAUGAAUGCAACGCCAGGAAUGGGCAAUGUGACUGCAAAUUUAAUAUUUAUGGCCAGCGCGCAUGCAAACCUUGUCCAGAGGGAAAAAGAGGACGUCACUGUCAACAGAGUUGUGAUUUAGGAACCUUUGGAAUAAGUUGUGCUCAGAAAUGCAUUGAAACAAUCGGUUCUCAUAAAAUUUGCGAUCGCGAAACAGGAACUGCAUUAUGUUGGCCUGGUUAUACAGGCGUUUUUUGUACAGAUCAAUGUCAACCUGGAAAAUAUGGUGCGGGUUGCAAACAAAAGUGCAAGGCCUGCGUAAACGGAGAGUGCCACUUUGCUACAGGAAUUUGCUCAUGUCAGCCUGGAUGGAAUGGAACCUUGUGUGAGAAUGCGUGUCCUGCGGGAACUUUUGGGCACAUGUGCACACAGCCAUGUGAUUGUGCCCAAGGACACACUUGCCAACCGGGCACAGGUGAAUGUAUCUGUUCUCCAGGCUUGAUCGGUUCACGAUGUGAGGAUCCAUGUCCUGAAGGCCGAUGGGGCCUGAACUGCGCCAACGAAUGUGGCUGUUUAAAUGGUGGGAGCUGCAGUGCUGUCGACGGCACUUGCACUUGUGACCUCGGUUUCACAGGUCAACACUGCCAACACCCCUGUCCGGAAGGAAACUUUGGUAGAAAUUGCUCCGAAUCGUGCAGUUGCGAAAACGGCGCCGACUGCGACCUCAGGAGUGGCGCCUGCAAAUGCUUGGCAGGUUGGAUCGGCGCCAACUGUUCAGAACCCUGCCCUGAGAACACCUUUGGAGAAGGUUGUGCAUUUGGUUGUGCGUGUGAAAACGGCGCUUCCUGCAAUUCCAUCGACGGCGCCUGCAACUGCACGGUCGGUUGGACUGGCGAGUUCUGCAGCCAAGAGUGCACGAACGGGACUUGGGGAUUAAACUGCUCCAAUAAAUGCGCCUCCUCGGAUUGUUCUGGACGAGGUUUUUGCGACUCCGUGGACGGUACGUGCAACUGCACUGCCGGCUGGACUGGACAAGACUGCGACCAGCCGUGUCCCGAGGGGACAUUUGGGGUCGGAUGCACUUUCAACUGCACUAUCACAUGUCCCAUUGGCAAUACUUGUGAUCCAGUGAAUGGAACAUUGUGCAUUUGCCAUGACGGUCUACCAAAUUGCAGUCCUCCCUCUGGAACAGCUGCCGCCGCAAGUGAAAGCCAUUUAUAUGUGAUUUCUGUGAUUGCUGCUACCUUACUUUGCAUUGUACUGAUGGUGAUUUUAUAUGUGAUUUAUAAACACACAUCACUACUCAAAUUUAUACAAUCGUCAACCUCCUCUGACAACGUGAACAGCUUCGUCUACAGAACUGCAGCUGAGACCGAUUGUUUUGUUGAAAAUUCAGAUAGUGAUGAUGAUGACGAAAAAUCUGUUUAAUGUUGGAAUCCGCUCUGGAGGUGAUAUUUAGUUAAAAUAACUUUUAGAACAUGUUUUAUAAAAGCAAAUUUUUUAUAUAAUCUUUCACUGUAAAUUAAAAGCAUCAGUACACAAAUAACUUACUCACUUUAUUAUUAAAUU